AUGGGAUCGAAUCACUCCGGCCGAGCUGCGGCCCAUCCUCGAAAACUUCAUCAAGCGUUUGAGAUCUCGAUUGUUGCUUGUCAAAAUGUGAGCGUUGCUGAGAACUCAUGCACCAGCUCGUGGAAAAAUGUUCGAACAAAGCCAAUUCCUGAAUACGAUUUGGUGAAAAACGACACGAUUCUCGUUGAAGUGAUGAAUGAAAUAACGAACGAUGUGAAAGUGAAAUGGGAUGAGCCGGUUGAUCCAAAUGGGUUAAUCCUUGGAUACAGGAUUCGUUUAGAGAAUCAACUACAGAAUGCGCACGCUUUCGAUCAAUGCAUGAGUCGAUCGCAGUACAACGAGAGCGGCGGCGGGUGGUUGUUUCCGGGUUUACCCGAUGGAACGUAUAAGAUCGAGAUCCGAACCGUGUCACUGGCUAGCAUCUCUCAACCGUCUUCACCGAAAGCAAUGAUUGAUGUCUAUGCCCGAUCGUGGUUCACUUGGAAACGAUUACUCAUCAGCUUAUUCAUUCUCGUUAUUCUGAUUUCAGUCGGAAUUUUGGGAAUCUGGUCGAUCAUGAAAAGAUAUUAUGGAAAACAAUGUGGUGAAUUCGUGCGACAUGUCUCCGCAAAUCCGGAAUAUCUUUCACAACUGGAAGUUUAUAAACAAGAUGCCUGGGAGUUGCGAAGGGAAGACUUGGAAAUGGAAGAAGAGAUCGGAAGUGGAUCUUUCGGAAAAGUCUACCGAGGUCAUGCUCGUCAAGUGAAAUCAUUAUGCGGAGUGAUUUUCGGCGAUUGUGCUAUUAAGACCGUCACCGGGACAACUUCAGCUUCUGAUCGAUUUCAUUUCCUACUCGAAGCGUCUGUGAUGAAGCAAUUCAACACAAACUUCAUCGUCAAGCUUUAUGGAGUUGUCUCCGAUGGGCAACCGGUGUUGGUGGUGAUGGAAAUGAUGUCAAAGGGAAAUCUGAAAGAUUUUCUGCGUUCACGAAGACCGGGCGCUGAAGAGAACACCAAAGAUCUGCCAGUGCCCGCGGAGACUCAGUACUUCGAGUGGGCCUCGCAGAUCGCCGAUGGAAUGGCCUACCUUGAGAGUCUCAAAUUCUGUCACAGAGAUCUUGCGGCCAGGAAUUGCAUGGUGCAAGGCGAUGAAACGGUGAAGAUCGGGGAUUUCGGAAUGACUCGCGAUGUCUACUAUCAAGAAUAUUAUAAACCAACUGGAAAGAGAAUGAUGCCGAUCAGAUGGAUGGCUCCCGAAUCGUUGAAAGACGGAAAGUUCACCUUGAAGAGCGAUAUUUGGUCCUACGGAAUUGUGCUUUAUGAAAUGUUGACCUUGGCUCAGCAACCCUAUCAAGGACUUGCCAACGAUGAGAUUUUCAAUUACGUCGGUGUUUCGCGAAAGAUCUUGAAAAAGCCAAUAGAUUGUCCGGAUUUUUGGUAUAAUCUAAUGGCUUCGUGCUGGCGAUAUGAUCCGAGAGAGCGGCCAUCUUUCCAUCAACUCGUUCACAAUCUCGUCGAUAAAGCCUCCGAUUCGUUUAGAGAAAAAUCGCACGUGAUCAACAGCUUGAUAAUGGGCAACGAUGAAGAGCCAUCAUCUGCGCUUUCGCCUCGGAAAUUUCGAAAUUCUGUGGGAGAAGUGAUGCUGGAAAUGGAGGAGAUGAAUCAGGGUUUUCGACCGAGUAUCACUGAUGACAAUGUUUUUGAAAGUGAUUUACCCAUUCGACAGCACGAUUACAUCUCGUCGGAACUCGAUGAUUCGACUUGUCUUGAUGUGAACGGAAGCUCUUCCCAAUGGUCAUCGGGUCGAGAGGGCCGGAAGAAUCGAGCCCUGGGCGAAAUGCCCGGUCUAAACGAGGACCACGGCACUCUAAUUCUUGCAACUCUCAACUUGUCAUCGGCAAAUCGGUGUCCGAAUGAGUGGAAGGAGUUCUCCGGACAUUGCUAUACAAAAGUCUUUGCCUCAAACACAAAUUGGGAGAAAGCUGAAAAGAUUUGCAAGAAAAUGAGUGCAAAUCUUGUAUCGAUUCACGAUAAAAAAGAAAACGAUUUUGUGAUCGAAACAACGUUCUCAACAUCAUGUGAAAGAGAUCGAAUGUCGUGGAUCGGCUUGAGGAGAAAGCUUCACUCAAAGAAUCGGGCAUGGGAAUGGAGUGAUGGAAGUGAGGUGGAUUACACGAGAUGGGCCGUUGGUGAGCCGUGGGAAAGCUCAACUGGAUGGAAUUGGGCAUAUAUUGACACCAAUGGAGCGUGGUUCAGCAUGGAGAAAAGGGCGCUGAAUUUCGCUGUCUUCUGCAAGCGAAAAGUUCCU